AUGUUGCUUGAACAACUCCCAACUUCAUCCUCCUCCUCCAGUUCCGCUGCCGGUAGUGAGGACCGGAGAACCUCGCCCCGAGCCCAAGUAGAAAGCCCUAGCCCAUCUUCUCAACCACCACCGCAAACAAGUGUCGCUGCUCCAUAUCCCGAAAUAGAUGAAGAAGCCCAACGGUGCCUGACCAGAAUCCUCCGGAGUAUGCCCUCCGAGAUGGAUAUCGCGACAGUUUAUGCCACCGUGAAAGCCCGCCUUAGAAUAUCUCUAUCAAAGGACCGAGCCACAACUUCCAUAUCAGAAAAUCCUCCCCGACCCCUUCCAUCUGCCUUCCAAAGACAAGCCCCCCUUCGCACCCCUGAACCUACGCCCGUCGCCCCCCUGGUACAGUAUAGCAGGGACGAGUCUGGAGAAGAGGGAGGGGCGCAGCCCGCCGCCAUCCCGACCGAAGAAGCACUGUCCGUGCCGCCGCCACAUAGAGAAGGCACGACAGCUCCCAAUGCUCCGACGCCACCAAGUGGCGGAGGCUCAACUCCCCUACUCUCCUAG